AGUAAACUGAGCUUCGAGACCCAUCAAAGGAAGAGCUACAUAAAGAUAAUGGAAAAAAUCCGUGAUCAGCAAAGGAUAAAACAGGUAGUUACAGAUGCUGGUCAUAAAGUCGUAGUGCUUAUGUUCAUGAACAUAAAAUGCCCUCAUUGCAGAAGAGCAAUUCCUGGGAUGGAUAAACUGGCUUUGGAAACAAACAUUGCAAUUAUUUUAAGAUGUGAUGUUGGAGAAAACCCAAGUUUUGCGAAGGAAUAUGAUAUCCAAGCAGUGCCAGAAUAUUUUUUCAUCAAGUCUGGAACACUGAGGGAUCGCAUAACUGGAGCUGACAAAAAGACGGUAGAAAGCAGAAUCCAACAGCUCUCUGUCUAA